AUGAAGUCAUGGAUUGUAUUAUCUGUAACUUUGUUUAUCAUUAUUUUCUUACCAUCAACGAAUAGUUUAGUGAGAAUUGAACGAGAGUUGGGUGAAGCAAGAGUAGCUAUUCGAAGAGCAAUUAAAAGAAGGAACUUCACAAUUAUCGCAUCAGAGGCACAGGAUUUCAUCCCAAGAGGAAACGUUUACAGAAACGCUUAUGCAUUUCAUCAAAGUCACAUGGAAAUGGUGAAGAGAUUCAAAGUAUGGACUUACAAAGAAGGUGAACCGCCACUAUUCCAUUACGGUCCCAUGAUUUCAAUAUACGGCAUCGGAGGACACUUCAUGUCCGAGAUCGAGGACAUAUCGAGCCGAUUCGCAGCGCGCAAUCCAGAAGACGCUCAUGCAUUCAUGCUACCCUUAAGUGUCACACACAUGGUGAAAUAUCUCUACAAUCCUCUCGUCACAUAUUCAAGAGAUCAAAUCAUGCGCGUCACCAUUGACUACACCAACCUCAUAGCGCAAAAGUAUUCAUACUGGAAUAGAAGCAACGGCGCAGACCAUUUACUAGUCUCGUGCCACGAUUGGGCGCCGGAAAUAUCGAAAGAAGAUUCGGGUAGAGAGAUUUACAAGAACUUGAUAAGAGUAUUAUGCAAUGCCAACAAGUCUGAAGAGUUUGAUCCUGUAAAGGAUGUUUCAAUGCCGGAAAUUAACUUGCUAAGUUUCAAGCUAAGCUCCCCGAAACCUAGCCGAAACCCUAAUAAUCGAUCGAUACUCGCUUUCUUUGCUGGAGGGGCACAUGGUAUGAUUAGAAAGAUGUUACAAGAUCAAUGGAAAGGAAAAGAUGAAGAGGUUCUAGUGUAUGAGUAUCUUCCAGAGAACCUUAACUAUAACAAUCUUAUGGGAAAUAGUAAAUUUUGUUUGUGUCCAAGUGGUUAUGAAGUGGCUAGUCCAAGAAUUGUGGAAGCGAUUAAUACUGGUUGUGUGCCUGUGAUUAUUUCAGAUAGUUAUCAGCUACCGUUUAGUGAUGUUCUUGAUUGGAGCAAGUUUUCAUUGAAUAUUCCACCAAAGAGGAUAGGUGAAAUCAAGACAAUAUUGAAAAGUGUUUCACAUGAAAAGUACUUGAAGUUGCAUGGGAGAGUCUUGAAAGUUCAAAGACAUUUUGUCUUGAAUCAUCCGGCUAAACCGUUUGAUGUGUUUCAUAUGAUUCUUCAUUCAAUUUGGCUUAGAAGACUCAAUAUUAGGCUACCCCUUGAUAUUUGA